AGCCUGCCAGGAUACGGAGAGGAUGAUCUUUCAGCACUCGGUGAAUGGUCCAACAGUAACGAUAAUCUUAUUGAAACCACAAAGGUGAAAAAAAGGAGGGUUCGCUGGAAUAUUCAGGAGGACGCCCAAAACAAUUGAACAACAGGACAGUGAGGACUUGGAGGCACCGACAGGAGGCAUCGGGCUGAGGCGCAGGAAAACCAUCAAGAAGAAAAAAAGAGUUGUCUCAUUCAGAGUCAAGACAACUCGUCCCAAAAUGUCAAAGUUUAAUCAGGGUUCAGACAAGAUGGCUGAUAUUCAGGAAGUUGUUGAGAUGCAGGAUCUGAACCCAGCACAGGACAGCACUGUGGACGUGCAGAAUGUGAAGAUGGCAGCUUAUCCCACUGGAGAACACCCUCUGGAAACUGAGCCGGAAAGUGAUGAAUUGACGCAAUGGUGGAACACAGUAAAAGGUUGGGCAGAGUGGAACGAGAACUCUAACAUACAGGAGCAAGAUGAGGAAAUGAUGAUGGAGCAGGCGGCUGAUCGAGUCUACAUGGCCGCCCGUCUGUUCGUGCGUCUUUUCAACAAGCGAGGGGCGUCCUUACAGCAUCGAAUCCUGGAGCUGAUGGCUCUGGCCGACGCUGCGGACGAAUUCCACAAGAAGACGGUGCAGGCUGCGGUGGGGGGGGGUGUGGCCAGUGUGGCGGGCAGCAUCGCAACGAUCACUGGCCUCAUUCUGGCACCUUUCACUAUGGGCGCCUCUAUUAUCGUGACGGCGGUGGGGAUCGCCGUGGCGACGGCCGGCAGCAUCACCUCGGCAACAGCCAACAUCACGGACACAGUUCACUCCAACAUGGACCGGAAGAAUCUGGAGAAAAUGAUCCAGGGAUACCAGGAGGAGAUAAAGGACAUCAGGGAGUGCAUGGAGUUCGUGCAGGCCGGUAUGGCCACCCUGCAGGAGUGGGACUUUGAGAAAUACUCACAGAGUGCUGCGAAGAAGGCGAUGAACCACAACCUGAAGCACGUGAUGAAGGAGGGCGGCCGUGCAGGAAAAGCCCUGAUGAUCAACACGGAUAAACUCAUCAGCACCGUGCAGAUUCUGGGAGUGGCAGGCGGAGCCGCUAAAGCUGCGCAGGCCAUCAGCGUCACCACGGGCGUCAUGUCGGGUCUCUUCCUCGCUCUGGACGUCUUCUUCCUCGCCAAAGACUCUCACGAGCUCCGCAAGGGCGCCAAAACUAAAUUUGCCACCAAAAUCAGGGACGUGUGCAAAGAACUACAAGAUGGCCUCCUGGAUCUGAACAAGGUGAAGACUCAGCUGCAGAAAACCAUGGACGGCAUCGAGGUGGAGGAGUUCGAGGAGAUCGUGGAGGUGGAGGUAGAGGUGGACGACGAUUUUGAGUCUGAUCCCAAGAAGCUGGCGGAGCUGGAGCAGGAGCUGGACCUCAUGGAGGAGAAGAUGGACAAGAAGGUGGAGGAGCAGAAGAAGAUUAAAGAGGUGGUGAAGGAAAGUGUGAACAAGGAGAAAAAGGAGGAGAAGAGUGUGAGCGAAAAAGGAGAGGGACUUAAGAACAAAGAGGAAAUAGAGGAGGAAAUGAGAAAAAGGGAUGCCAUGACGGAGAAGGAGAGGAAGAAGGGAAAAGGUGGCGGAGAAAGCAAGAUGGAGAAGAUUUCUGCCGAGGCAAAAGAGCAGAAACUGGAGAGUGUCAAAGCAACUAAAGAGGAGGUUUUAAAAGAACAAUCACAGAAAGGAAAGAAGAAAGAGAAAGAAGCGGAGAACCGAAUCACAGCCGGUAAAGAAAAGCACGAGAGCAAGCGGGAUCAGACCAAAGAGGACAAAAGUGCAAAUAAAAAGACGGAGGAGAAGGAGAAAAAUAAAGCUGGAAAAGAACAGGAGGAGAUAAAGAGCAGAUCAGGUGAUUCCAAAUACUCUGAGAGAGAGAGUCAAAGGAGCAGCAGAGAGGACGAACGAGAGACGAAGCAUGAAGGGAGAUCGCUGAAUCAAGAGCAAGAGGGGGAGAGUGGGAGGCACAGCAGCGACAAAGAUCGAUCCCACAGGAGCAAACACGAAACUUUAGAUAUCGAUAAGGAGAGGAAACCGAGCGAGAGGUCGGAGAGCUGGAGGAGGAGGGAGGAGGAGAGAGGAGGGAAGGACUGGAGGGCUAAGGCGGCAAAAGGGAGAGAAGGAGGCGAGUCUGAGAGAGGGACGAGAAGGGAGGAACAUGGAAACCUGAGGAAGGAGUCGCAUAGAAGUCAGGAAGGGUCGUCGAGGAGGGAGGAAGGGAGCAGCAGGGAGGAGAGGAGAGGAGGGAAGGAGACUCCUCACGAUGAGAGGGGGGAGGAGAAACAAGUGAGGAGACUGAGGCUCGGUGCGCCCCACGGAAUGGCUGAGGACGUCGCCCGCCAUUCCCGCUUCGUCUCGGCACUGGAAGGCAGCAAGCCUUCCUACUACGAGGAGACGAUGCACGACCUGCUAGGUAUGGAGGAACCCGACUUCUACCUCGUGGAGCUGUUUCUUCGGGACAUGCGGCCAGGCUGCGCUAGCUAA